GAGAUUAUUCUCAUGUUUUUUCAACUCUGCCUGCUGGAAGAAUGAAAACUGUGGAGGAAUAGGCUAGAGAUAGGUUCUUAUAUUAUUAAUAUUGGACCAAAAAUCUUGCAGAUAAGCCUCCUUCUUGUAAAGUCUAUGUGAAAUACCUAGACGUGCAUAUUGGGAUCGUACUAGUUUUUUUUCUAACGAUAGUUGGCAGUGAAAACUGAAUUACUGAAUGAGGUAAAACCUCAGCCUCGGUGAUUCUGAGUUGUCAAUGACCAACAAUGUCGGUACUAAAUUCUAGAGAGUAGACAGUAGGCCUAGAGUCUAGAUUCUAGCUCUAAGUCUAGACGUCUAGAUCUAGAUCUAUCUAAAUCUAAUCUAGAUGUGGAAUCAUGGAAUUUCAGGUCAGUAAUUCUCAGUCGGCCCAGCAGUGUUUCGGUUUAGUUGACUACGAAGAUUCCGACUCUGAAAAUGAAAGUGAAGUCAGGCCGAAUACUGUUAGUGUUGCAGAUUCAUCUGAUGUCUGUCUCAACUGUAUGAAGAGGCAGACAAACAGGUCUCAAAGUAAUCAGUUUGAACAUUUCCCGCAAAAUGGAACCCUUACAACAUUAGCAACAGAUGAAUGUCAGUGUGGCCAGGGCAGUACUUCUAAGACUAAGAGACUGAAAUGUGAGUCUACGAAAGAUAUUUUUCAAGACCAGGAACUUCAAGAUGGUGCAAUGGCAGUCGACGAAGUGACAGUAUCAUCAGCAAAGCAAAGUCACAGUGCAACAGCGAAUGGAUUAGAAACUGAUGCUGGUAUUGUUCCGAGGUCUACAUUCUCUUUUUGUGAUGAUGGAGGUUCCAAGGCUAAAAAGAUGAAAUUAAGUGACAGUGACAAAUUGGAGCAACUGUCUGUUCCAAGCUCCAUUCAGUCGAUGUUUCGAGGUUUCCAUCAGAAAUGGGAGGAUAACCCAAGUGAACACGAGGAGAGGAUUCGUUCUUUUCCCCAUGUAGAAGGCAACUGGGCAACACACGUAUUCAUUCAAGUGAGCUGGAAUGAAAAGUUUUUCGAGUUUGUGAACUGCCUAGUGAACUUCUUGAAGCCAGUGCCUUUCCAUGCCAUGCCCGAGUUCCACGUCAGUCUUUCCCGCACUGUUCCAAUACGCCACCACUGGAUUGACCCAUUGGUGGACUCGCUGCGCUCAAGCUUUAAGCCUCUACAGACGACAAUCAGUGACCUGUCAGCUGUGAGGAUGUUUACAAAUGAUGAAAAGACACGAACUUUUCUAUGCCUGGAGUUGGCAGAGGAGGACACUCUUCUCCGAGAGUAUGUCUAUGCUGUGGACAAAAGUUUUGCAGAAUUUAGAUUGCCAGAAUACUAUGAGAAUCCUUCAUUCCACAUAAGCAUUGGAUGGUGUUUGGGGGAUGUUACCGGAGAGGUAUCAGAAACAAAAAUGACUCGAGUCAAGGAAAUGUUUGGUGAGUUUAUAGCAACCUAUCCUGAUCUGAGUGUUGUCUACGUCCGGGAGAUUUGCUGCAAAAGCGGAAACAAGUGUUUUGUCAUUCCACUUCAAGAGGGACACGGAUAGUUAAAUAUGAACAGUUGUGUUGCGUUGUGAGCUCAUUAUGUCUGCGGUACAACUUUACAGCCACUGUCAGUAUCACGCUAUAACUAUAACAUGUGGUGAAGCUGUACAUCAGAGAUUCCAUUCUUCCAGCUAUUGCAGCAGCUGCACUAUUUAAAUCCAGCAGCAAAAUUUUCGUUACUGAAUGAAUGUGAAGUUUAUUUCAAUUGCUAUGCGGAAGUUAUACCUUAACAAUUUCAGUUAGUUUGUAAAGGACCUGAUUGACAAUUCCCUCUUUUCAAAGUGUCAGAUUUGACACGCUUUAGUUUUCUACUCUUUUCUGUUUACAGUGCUUAAGAGUUCAGUGUUCAGUUUUUUAGUUUUCAUUUCCAUUGAUCUGUUAUUAUAGCUCACAUUGGCAUGAUCAACGACAGAUUGCUUGCUGUGUUUUUGUUUAAUUUUCUGUUGGAAGUUAAAAUAGGCUUUUUAUUUGAAGUACAACAUGCAUUUUGAGUUUGGCGAAAUAACUUGAAACCAUGUAAAAACAACCAUCUUUGUAACUUUUUCUGUCCAGACAUGCAAAUUAUAUUUUAUAAGGUUAUAGGAUGUUCAAUGAUACCUCAAUCAAAUUUUACUGACAUCAGUAAAGUGUGUCCACAAUCAUGAUGAGAUACGACAUUGUAAAAUCUAUAAUCACAUCCACAUUAUGCAGACUUGAAAGGAAAAGUCAUUUGUGUUUAUUUUAUAUACGAGUUUCUACACUUGGGUAGGGAUAACUCAAACACCUUGGAGAUUGACAGAUGUGUUUAACACAUCUGUAACUGAGGUGAACUGAUACAGUCCGCACCGGCUAUAAGCACGCCGGCCUUAAGCACGUUUCGGACUCAAGCACGCUAAACGGCUCUUACCGAAUUUUUGCUAUAUAAAUUACACGCCUAUAAGCACG